UGAGCUGUGACCCACCCACCGUAUGGAAGCUUAGUUCCAGUCUUUGGAAGGCUUGAAUCAGAAUAUAACCGACUACAUCCCACCCCCACCUCGUUCAACUCUUCCCCUCUCCUCCAAUGCCCCUCAAUCGUAUUGUCCCUCGCCUACUCCGUACCGCCACCCCGCUAUCCUCCCCCGCGCUACGGCUCGCAGCUUUAAACACUCACUUCCGCCCCUCUCCUCCAUCCAUCAGCUUACCCGUCCGCACCAACACCAACACCCACACCACCAACAUCACCAUGUCAGUACCCCAGACCAUGAAGGCUGUUCAGGUCGAGAAGCUCGGCGGCCCCGAGGUCCUCGAGUUCAAGGCCGACCAUCCAGUGCCCACUCCGCAGGAGGGCCAAGUACUGGUCAAGAACAACAUCUCCGGCGUCAACUACAUCGACACGUAUUUCCGCGCCGGGCUGUAUCCGUCCGCGAAGCCCGAGAUCCUGGGUCGCGAGGGGGCCGGUACCAUCGUUGCGCUGGGCUCAGGCCCCAACCCGUACGAUUUUAAGGUUGGAGACCGGGUUGCAUGGUUGAGCACCGGUGGGUACGCCGAGUACACGGCCGUGCCCAUGGCCAAGACGGUCAAGAUCCCCUCGGGCCUCACUGAUGAGGACGUGAUGGCCGCGUUCUUGAGUGGGUUGACGGUCACCACCCUGGCGAAGGAGACCUACCCCGUCAAGCAGGGCGAGUGGGUGCUGCUGCACGCCGCUGCGGGAGGAGCGGGGACGCUCAUGACCCAGGUGCUCAAGUCGAUUGGCGCCAAGGUGAUCGGAACGGCGGGUGGUGCGCAGAAGUGUGAGCUGGCCAAGAGCCUUGGGUGCGAUGUGGUGAUCGACUAUCGCAGUGAGGAGGGCAAGGACUGGCCUCAGAAGGUGAAGGAGAUUACUGGCGGUCAGGGAGUGGAUGUGGUCUUCGACUCCGUGGGCAAGGAUACCUGGGAGGGAAGCCUGGAGGCCGUCAAGCGCAAGGGUACGAUCGUCUGGUUCGGAAAUGCCAGUGGUCCUGUGCCGCCUCUACCUCUGCAGAAGCUCUCCCCGAAGUGUGUCAAGGUCGCUCGACCCCAGCUGUUCGGCUACAUCGAGACGCGCGAGGAGUUCGAGUUCUACGUGAACGAGCUCUUCUCGCUGCUCCAAUCUAACAAGCUCAAGGCUAGAGUACACAAGGUCUAUCCCUUGGAAGAUGUUGCCGAGGCUCAUCGCGACUUGGAGGGCCGUCAGACCACCGGCAAACUGCUGCUGAAGCCUUGAGCUUGAUGAUGUUUUCUCGAAAAAGGAUUACAUAUUCACUUUAGCCUCCUAAGUCGAUGCAACCGGAAUAUGGACUUGACCUUACCGCCUCGCUCGUGCAUGUAAAUAGUUCCUACUCGGUAGCUAGGAUCAAUAUUCUUCUCAAGCUUGUCUCUAUCAUUAACUGUACUGAUUGAUUUGUGACCGCCAGCCUUGCCACGCUGAGUAGGAAAGCCUGAUUAAGGUUGACGAAGCGCCAAUGGGCUCAAGCCACAGCUGAUUUACGAAUGCUGAGUCAUUAUUCGAC